CUCUCGUGGUCCCGCCGUUUCCGGUCCCGGACGAUCGACUCCAACGCGUCUCUACGCCUAACGUGCGCUCUCGCGUCGGCGAUCGGAUGGGUUAGGAGGAGCGGAGACGGAGCAGGGCGCAUUUACACCAAAACCAAAGACAGUAACGUAUACCAAAUAGGCAUUUAUUAACGAAUACCGCACCAAUCGACAAAAAAAACAAAAAUAAACAACAAAAAAAAAACGAUAUCCAUUUGGGUCCGGGCGGCCGAUAGCCGCGGCAAGAGAAAGGAAGGGGUCCGACUGGCUUUCCCCCAAACAAAAAAACAAAAGGGCGAGUCAAGCGCAAAUAAAAGGAAAAACCCGACUGGUCGUCUGGCACGGUGGGCACUCGAGCUCCUCGAAUAUGAUUAUGUAAUCGAGCAUAGGAAGGGUGCGAUGCACCACGUGCCGGACGCACUGUCACGACUUUACGAGGAUGAGGACACCGACUUUUGCGCCGCUAUCGUGACGAAUGACGCGUGGUAUAACUCGAGGGUCGAGGAAAUAACACGCCACCCGCGACGUUACCAGAAUGGCGAAUAUUUAACGGCGAAAUGUACUUUAGAGAUUGUUACAAAAAUGGCCAAUAUAAUGAAAUGGAUGAAAAAUGAGAAGAAGGAAAUGAUGGCAGUAUGGCCAGAAAUUGUUGAAGAUCUUACAAAUUUAAGUGAGAAUACCGUCGUAAACGAAAAAAUGAAAAAAAUAUUAGAAUACAACGUUCUUGGCGUUAAGCUAUUUAGAGCGUUAAUUUUAGUAUACACCUUCCAAUUAAUAGCAAAGGAACAUAUAAAAAAAAAUAUGUGUAUACGGUUAAUACGCAUCGUAGCUUGGUGUUUAGAACUGAUGCAAGCUGCUUGCCUUGUGAUUGAUGAUUUGCAAGAUCAGGCAUUACUUCGGCGAGGAAAGCCGUGUUGGUACCGAUGUGAGAAAAUUGGAAUAACAGCAAUAACAGAUGCUCUAAAGCUGGAAUAUUCAACAAAUUAUUUAAUAAAAAAACAUUUGAAAGAAAAAAAAUGUUACAUAGAUCUUAUGGAAAUGUUCAACGAAAUUAAACUCAAAACAGUAAAUGGCCAGUUAUUAGACUUGGAGUUAUCCAACAAUAUGAAGAAAAAGCCAAAUUUGGAAUUAUUCACAAUGGACCAAUAUAAUUAUAUUGCUACACACAAGACGGCCUAUUAUUCUAUCUUUUUGCCAAUAACAAUAGCAAUGCGUUUGGCUGGAAUAAAAGACCAAAAGAAUUUUAUGCAAGCAAAAUCAAUUUCAUUAGAAAUAGGACGUUUGUUUCAAAUCCAAGAUGACUUCUUGGAUUGCUUUGGAGAUUCAAAAGUCAAUGGCAAAGACGGUACUGAUAUUCAGGAUGGAAAAUGCACAUGGUUUGUGGCUCUCCAACGAGCUACUCCGGAACAGCGUAAAAUUUUAGAAGAAUGUUACGGCUUUUGGGAUUCAAAAAAAGUGCAACGUGUAAAACAACUGAUAAGAAAUGUCUCCCUCCUCGAUACCAGCGCCGCGCCCGGUAGCAUAGGCGAGAUAGAGCCGCGUGGGAUGGCGACGCUACGCCUCCGCACGCCGAUGCCAGGGACUUCGUCGCCCGACUCGAACACGUGA